GCGGGGAUCCGGCUGACGUGAACGGACCACCACACGACCCGCUGCUCGUGCCCACGGCGGCAGCGGCCGAGGCGAGGAGCAGCGGCGCGGGGCGGGGCAGAGCCAGAGUAUCUGGAGCCUUAGACCUGAACACACGGACGAGAUGUGGUGCGUUAUCUUGCUGGCGGCAGUGAUGGUGGCGGCGGCGGGCGGCCAGAGUCAAUUUAGUUAUGACGGGACGCCCCUGGCUGACGACGUGGUCGUUGGGUCAGGACAGAGUCAGCAGUUCUUCGCAUCUCGACAGCCUGAGCCACAACAGCUGUUUGUACCGGAGCGGCCCCAGCAGGUCUUCGUCCAGCAGCAGCCUCAGUCACCGGUGUUUGUGCAGCCCGAUACACAGCAGGUGUUUGUGCAGCCCCAGCCACGCCCCAUGUUCCAGAUGCUCCCCUCGUUCUCACAGCAAGCGGCGGUGAGCCAGAGUGUCCAGCCGCAGGUGUCUUCCGCCUGUCCGGCCACUUACUCCCGGGUCCACACCAUCUACCAGGGCCGAGUCUACCACUUCUCCUGGUGCAACCUGCCCGGCCACGGUUUCACCCAGUACGGUGCCAGGGACUACUGCCGCGGCCUCCGCGAGGUGACCGUGGUGAACCGACACGGCAGCUUUGACCUUUACCGCGUCGAUAGCUCUACUGACUUCGACUUCUUCCUCGAGCUGCUCCUCCAGCACCAAAUCCCAUCCAUCUGGACCAGGGACCUUGCUUCCACCGCGCCCUAUGAAAUCCGCGGCUCCAUCACCAGGUCCGGGGACUCCACGUCCGGCCAGGACUGCCUCUCGAUGGAGGCUUCCACAGAUGGCCUCUUCCUCCUCCAAGACACUUGCUCCGACCGGAAGGCCGCCGUCUGCGUUGCUCCUUUGGAAUAGUAGAUAAUAAGUUUGUCAAUAACCAGCUUAUCAUUGUGUAAAUAAAGUUCCUCUUGUACUGUCACAAUAAAGAACAAACAAGGAUCAUAA